AACCUUUUUGAACAAUUUCGUGAAUUUUGGAACGAUUUCGCGGGAUUUCAGAGCAAUCUAGAGUCAUUUGCAAUCCUCGCAGUCAUUUCCGUUGGAGAAGUGCAGAGAGAAAGGCCGAGAAAGUGGGAAACUGUGGAAAACUAUCGAUCGAAGACGAGGCUCCACGAUCCACGAAAAGGAUUUUGCUUUUCCCUUUUCCUAAAACGAUCCUUCGUGCUCCGACUCCGAGAAGCUAUCACCUUUCUCACAAUCAACCCCAGAGAGUAUAAAAAUCUGUGGCAGAGAGCCGAGUGUCUCGUAGGGAAACCCGCAGAAACCGGCAAGUUUUGGAAUUUUACAAGUUGGAAAUUUGCUGUUCAGGAUGUCUUUUUCGGUAACUUGCGUGGCUCCUGUGAAUAUAGCAAUCAUAAAAUACUGGGGAAAGCGUGACGAUGACCUCAUUUUGCCGAUCAACGAUUCCAUUAGCGUCACACUUUCGACGGAACAUCUCCGAACAAAGACGACGAUCACGGCGGGCCCAGAGCUGUCGAAGAAUUUGUUACGGUUGAAUGGUGCGGAGGAAUCGUUCGAUAAUCCACGCAUUCAGCGAUGCCUGGUGGAAGUACGCCGGAAGGCUCGCGAGUCGGGAAAAUGUACACGACCGGAACUGCUCGAGUGGAACAUCCACGUGGAAUCGGAGAACAACUUUCCCACCGCCGCCGGUCUGGCGUCGAGUGCCUCCGGGUAUGCCUGUUUCGUUUACACUCUGGCGACGCUUUACGGGAUCGAAGGAGAGGAACUGAGUGGAAUUGCACGGAUGGGCAGCGGUUCGGCUUGUCGUAGCCUCCAUUCGGGCUAUGUGCAAUGGGUAAAGGGCGACCGGGCAGAUGGUGCGGACUCAAUCGCCGUCCAACUGGCACCGGCUACUGCAUGGCCAGAGAUGCACGUUCUCAUUUUGGUGGUAAACGAUCGUAAGAAAGCCACCGCGUCCACGCACGGAAUGGCCACUAGUGUGAAAACAUCGGACCUACUCCGGUACCGUGCCUCGACGUGUGUACCGGAACGUGUGGACCAGCUGAAGAAGGCCUUGGAGGAACGAGAUUUCGAUACAUUUGGCCGCAUUGCUAUGAAGGAUAGCAAUCAGUUCCAUGCCGUUUGUCUGGACACCUAUCCACCGUGCUUCUACAUGAACGAUGUUUCUCGUUCCAUCAUCCGACUGGUGCACGCAAUUAACGGUCGUGCGGGAGUGGAUGCCCCGGUUAAGGUUGCCUAUAGCUACGAUGCCGGUCCGAAUGCCUGUUUGUUCUUACAGGAGCGAGACGUUGCGGAAGUAUCGGCUAUCGUUCGCCGUGUUUUCCCCUUCAACCACUGCUCCGAGGCCGAGUAUUACAAGGGCAUUCCGAACGAUGAAGCAGCAUUGAAUGCUGUGCCAAGCGAUGUGCUAGAAUCGUUCGUUCCGGAAGAGCCCAAUCUCCUGCGCUAUAUUAUCCAUACGAAAGUUGGCGAAGGACCGAAACGCGUCGAUUGAUGACCAUUCCCGUUGUACUUUGGUUUAGGUUUUUUUUGUUUCCGUGGGGUUGUGAUGGUUUGUUCUGGGCCAGUUUAUUUAUACCAUUAUCGGUGCAAAGUGCUUAAAAGAACAUUUUCGUAAUA